CGCCCCCGCGACCUUUCAGCGGGCCAUGAACAUGGCUUUUCAGAAUUUUGUGAGAAAGACUCGUUUGGCACAGAGCAUCAUCAACUACUGCGUGAUUGUGUACAUGGAUGAUAUCUUGGUGUAUUCGAGUUCCUACGAGGGACACGUGCAGCACAUCGAAUGGGCACUGCACGCGUUACGAGAUGCGGGCUUCAAGGUGGCACUUGAGAAGUGUCAGUUUUUUCUCACCACCAUUUCCUUCCUAGGGCACGUGGUGACAGACAAGGGACUCCAGUCGGAGCCACAGAAGGUGGCAACUGUCAGGGAUGCGCCGGUGCCUACGACUAUCACGCAAGUUCGCGCUUUUCUGGGCCUAGCCUUGUACUACCGAAGAUUUAUCAAGGGCUUCGCGGCGAUUGAGGGACCCCUCACGAAUCUGCUGCGCAAAGAUCGGUCGUUGAUCUGGACGCCGGAAUGCGAUCAAGCGUAUUUCAAACUCAACGCCGCUCUCAUUUCGGCUCCGGUCCUUAUAAGACCGGAUCCCAAAAAGCCUUUUGUUCUCAUCACUGACUGGCAGUCGGAGGCAAUUUCGGCGAUCCUAGCCCAGGUGGGACCAAGCGGACUCGAGAGUGUGGUGGAGUAUACGUCCAAAUCGGUGCCAGCUUGCAAGCGCAACUACGCCGCUCCAACGGGGGAAUGCUACGCGGCCCUCUGGGGAAUCAGCCACUUUCGCGCUUACCUGUACGGGCGAAAGUUCACCUUGGUAACUGAUCAUGAGCCCCUGUUGGCUCUGAAGAAAUCGAAGGAUUACUCUGGCAUGAUUAGGCGAUGGGCAACGGUGCUGCAGAGCAUGGACUUUGACAUUCGUCAUCAGAAGCACGAGAGACACGGGAAUGCGGACGGACUGACACGACUGCACCAGCCAGAGAGAAAGUUCCGAAGAUGGACUGUGUGCUUGGAGGAUCCCAAGGACGAAGAUACGCUGUUGUCGCGGCAGGAGUAUCUGAAGCCGUACGAUAUCAUCCCUCACGCCUUCUAUCCGAGGGCAGAGGAAGUCGUGAUCGACGAGGACGACGAAGAGGACGAAGACGUGGAAACAUCGGAGGAGGGAAGCUAUAGCGAAUAUAGUGAGGGCGAGCUGAGUGAAGGAGAAGAGGAGGAAGAAGAAACCGGAUCAGAGUGGGAAGCCUUGCCGGAGGAAGCGACGCGCACGGGAACGGAGGCGGAAGAUCCGGAAGCGGUGCGAAAGCGCGAAGAAAUUGCCACCGGGAAGCGCCAGCUGGAGUUCGCCAGCGAAGCCAGCCUGCGUAUCGGUAACGAUCCGACCAGGGAUCCAGAGUCGCCAAAGCCCGAAGAUGGCGAACCUGCAACCGCCACCUCAAGUACCGCACGACGGAGACGGAGCCGAUCCCCCUCCUCCCCCAGCCCCACCCGUCCCUCAGUUCGCCCACGUACAGAUGCGGGCAAUAGGCCUUCGUCCUCGGAUGCUAUCCCGCCGACCCCUUGAUUUUCUCACCCUCGAACAGAUCCGCACCCCCGUCACCUUCCCUCCCCAUCCCUUCCUCCCCCAUCUCUUCCACGACUUCUAUUCUACCCGCCUAUUCGCUA